GAGAGGAAAAGGGAUGGACUUUUGUAAGGAGGGGAUCUAGUUUAGCUCAGUAAAGAGAAGGCAAGCUGAGCUAGAUGGAUUUGGAGGCAGAAAACUGCUUCAGGAGAAGUCUGGACAGAAAGUGUUCUAAUGAGUGUUGUGAAAAGCAGAAGUCAGGUCACAGUCCAAAUACAGUGGAGAGGUCAGGGAUCCGCAGCCGCAACAGCAGCCUCAGAAACAAAAAGCACAAAGCUUCAAAGUCAGCCAGAAAAGAGGAACCCUAAAACUGGAGUUCUGAUGUUAAACAUGGGAGGGCCAGAAACACUGGAGGAUGUCCACGACUUCCUCCUUAGGCUUUUUCUAGAUAAAGACCUAAUGACGCUUCCUGUACAAAAUAAGAUGGCACCAUUCAUUGCCAAACGUCGCACACCAAAAAUCCAAGAACAAUAUAGCAAGAUUGGAGGCGGAUCACCAAUUAAGAAAUGGACUGCAGUACAAGGAGAAGGCAUGGUGAAACUGCUGGAUGGAAUGUCUCCUCACACUGCACCUCAUAAAUACUAUAUUGGUUUUCGGUAUGUCCAUCCUCUGACAGAAGAAGCAAUUGAAGAGAUGGAAAAAGAUGGAGUUGAAAGGGCUAUUGCUUUCACACAGUACCCACAGUACAGCUGUUCUACCACAGGAAGCAGCUUAAAUGCCAUUUAUCGGUACUAUAAUAAAAAGGGGGAGAAGCCAAAGAUGAAAUGGAGCAUUAUUGACAGGUGGCCUACACAUCCCCUUCUCAUUCAGUGCUUUGCAGACCACAUACAGAAAGAACUGGAUCUGUUCCCACCAGAGAAAAGGAAAGAAGUUGUGAUUCUUUUCUCAGCUCACUCACUUCCAAUGUCUGUUGUGAACCGCGGUGAUCCAUACCCUCAAGAGGUGGGAGCUACUGUCCAAAAAGUCAUGGAGAAGCUGAACUAUUCCAACCCUUACAGGCUUGUUUGGCAGUCCAAAGUAGGACCAAUGCCGUGGCUUGGUCCACCGACAGAUGAAGCUAUUAAAGGACUCUGUGAAAGGGGAAAGAAGAAUAUUUUGUUGGUUCCAAUAGCAUUUACUAGUGACCACAUUGAAACACUCUAUGAACUGGAUAUUGAAUAUGCACAAGGUGUAGCUAAUGAGUGUGGAGUUGAGAACAUCAGAAGAGCUGAGUCCCUUAAUGGAAAUCCAUUGUUUUCCAAGGCACUCGCAGACUUGGUCUAUUCACAUAUCCAGUCAAAUGAAAUAUGCUCCAAGCAAUUAACCCUCCGUUGUCCACUUUGUGUAAAUCCUGUCUGCGGGGAGACAAAAGUCUUCUUCACUAAUCAACAGCUAUGAUACACAGUCCCCACCCCACAGACUGUUUGGACCAUGGCUCAUGUAAUAAUAAUUUUGGAUUAUGCAGGAACAUCACCAAACAGUGCAGUACUGCAGACAGCAGAAAUAAUGCAUACAGACCAAACUGUUCUUUCUGCUACACUGCUCCAGCCCAUUGGUUUCAAUCGUGUUGGACUCCUGUAACAGAGGAGAGUUUGAACUGGAAUAUUUUUUUAAUAUGAGAGGUAUGGAUGAAAGGGAAGGAGAAAAG